AUGAUAUCUUUAUCACCUCUUUCCUUAAUUUCCACUAUCAAUGUCUCUUCCAACUCAAAGAUUUCAUAUUCCUCCUUGUAUCCAUUUUCACAAAAACACAACCAAUCUUCUAAACACGGUAAACCAAAACGCCAACUGAUCACAUGCAGUGGUAAUAAUAGUAACCAGAACAACCCUAAAGAAGAACAAGAACUACUAAAUAAUAUUGGAGGACAUAGGAGAAAUGUCCUAAUUGGCCUUGGAGGGAUAUAUAGUACUUUGGCCAUAAACCCUUCUUCCCUAGCUUCUCCAAUAUCUCCACCAGACUUAUCCAAAUGUGCUCCACCUGAUCUACCCCUAGGUGCAACCCCUCCCAAUCUUAAUUGUUGUCCACCAUAUUCCCAAAAAAUCACUGAUUUCCGAUUCCCUUCAAGGGGACCCUUAAGAGUAAGACAAGCAGCACAUUUAGUCAAUGAUGAGUAUCUAGCAAAAUACAAAAAAGCCAUUCAACUCAUGAAAGCCUUACCUUCCAGUGAUCCACGUAACUUCACACAACAAGCAAAUAUCCAUUGUGCUUAUUGUGAUGGUGCAUAUUCCCAAGUUGGUUUCCCUGACCUUGAUCUUCAAGUUCAUGGCUCUUGGCUCUUUUUUCCUUUUCAUAGAUGGUAUGUCUAUUUCUAUGAAAGGAUCUUAGGUAGCUUGAUCAAGGAUCCAACCUUUGCGUUACCAUUUUGGAACUAUGAUGCUCCAUGUGGCAUGGAGUUUCCCCCAAUUUACACCGACACUGCAUCGCCUCUUUAUGACAAACUCCGAAAUGCGAGUCAUCAACCUCCAACGGUCAUAGACUUAAACUACGGUUGUGUUGGUGACAAUGGUACUGAUGUUGAUGCACGUGAACUAAUCUACAAUAACCUUACUAUAAUGUAUAGACAAGUUUUUUCCUGUGGAAAAACCUCAAAACUUUUCCUUGGAAACCCUUAUCGUGCUGGAGAUGUAGAACCCGGGGGAGCUGGAUCAAUAGAGAAUGUUCCACAUGGAACAGUUCAUACUUGGACCGGUGACAAUACUCAACCUAACGAUGAAGACAUGGGAACUUUCUAUUCAGCUGCAAGAGAUCCUAUUUUUUACUCUCACCAUUCAAACAUUGAUAGGUUAUGGUCUAUUUGGAAAAAAAUUGGUGGGAAAAGAAAGGAUUUCAAAGACAAAGAUUGGUUAGAAUCAGGGUUUCUUUUCUAUGAUGAGAAUAAGAAUCUUGUUAGGGUUAAUGUGAAGGAUUGUCUUGACACAAAAAAACUAGGUUAUGUUUAUCAAGAUGUUCCCAUUCCAUGGCUAAAAGCUAAACCUGCGCCAGGAAGAAAAAAAGUACAAAAAAAGGUGGAGGUUACACUUGAGAUUAAUGAUGAAAACUUAGGCGAAUCAUCGACUAACUUUCAAGUUAGACAACAGAGUUCAAGAGAAUAUGUUAAGUUUCCAUUGGUUUUGGAUGAUGUUAUGAGUGCUAUUGUGAAGAGGCCACAGAAAUCAAGAAGUAAGGAGGAGAAGGAAAAAGAGGAAGAGAUUUUAUUGAUUGAUGGGAUUGAGUUUGAAAACAAUAUAGCCAUUAAGUUUGAUGUUUUAAUUAAUGAUGAAGAUAAGGUGAUUGGGCCAGGGAAUACUGAGUUUGCUGGAAGCUUUGUGAAUGUCCCUCAUUCUCAUAAGCACAAAAACAAAGACAAUAACAACAUUAAAACUUGUUUAAAACUUGGAUUAACUGAUUUGCUGGAAGAUUUGGAUGUUGAAGAUGAUGAUACUAUUGUGGUUACAUUGGUUCCAGAUUGUGGGAAAGGACUCAUCAAAAUCAAAAGCAUCGAGAUAGUGUUUGAAGAUUGA